AUAAAUUGCGCAAUUAGUUAAUAUUUUUUAUCUAUAUUUAAUGAUCUAUGCAUGCGCCGCUAGAUUCAAUAAAAUGGAAAAUCUGAAAAGUAUUGUAAAUUUUUUUGAAAACUAAACAAGUCCCAAGUUUGACCGUCUAUUAACCAAAAUAAUUAUUGCAUGUCCUACCGGCCGCCGGCGUGGCGGCCAGCCUACCACAAGCAUCUCGCUGAUCUAAUAGGUGUCUGAGAGCACGUGGGGCACGCAGUGCCGAAAUAAAUGGGAAGGCAAAGGCAUGCCGAAUCCUGGCAGUCACAGCACACACCAACACACGUACUCCUCCAUUGCUGCUACUAGGAAGGAAGAAGCAGGAUGUUCAGAGGCCUGCAACGCGUUCUCAGGCCAGGCUCGUUGGGCGUCGUCAAUGGCGGCUUCUCCUCCUCCUCCUCCGCUGUCGAUUCUCAAAGGUUAGCUGGAAAGGUGGCGGUGAUCACCGGCGGCGCGAGCGGGAUCGGGAAGGCCACGGCCGCCGAGUUCGUCAGGAACGGGGCGAGGGUCAUCAUCGCCGACGUCCAGGACGACCUUGGCCGUGCAGUCGCCGCGGACCUCGGCCCCGACGCCGCGCGCUACGCCCACUGCGACGUCACCGACGAGGCGCAGGUCGCCGCGGCCGUCGACCUCGCCGUCCAGCUCCACGGCCGCCUCGACGUGAUGUUCAACAACGCCGGCAUCGGCGGGGACAUGGCGCUGCCCGCGCUGGGCGCCACCGACCUAGCCAAUUUCGACCGCGUCAUGGCCGUCAACAUCCGGGGCGUGCUGGCCGGCGUGAAGCACGCCGCGCGCGUCAUGGUCCCGCGCCGCGCCGGCAGCAUCAUCUGCACGGCCAGCACCACCGCCGUGCUGGGCGACAUGGCCGCACCUCCUGGUUACUGCGUCUCCAAGGCGGCGGUCCUCGGCCUCGUGCGCGCCGUGGCGGCAGAGAUGGCGCGUUCCGGGGUGCGUGUGAACGCCAUCUCUCCGCACAUCAUCCCGACGCCGCUGGCGAUGGCAACCAUGGCGCAGUGGCUCCCCGAGAAGAGCGCCGAGGAGCGUCGCCGGAUCGUGGAAAGAGACAUGAACGAGAUGGUGGGGCCCGUGCUGGAGGCGGAGGACAUCGCCAGGGCGGCGCUCUACCUGGCGUCCGACGAGGCCAAAUAUGUGAACGGCCAUAAUCUGGUCGUCGACGGCGGGUACACGGUGAACAAAGCGCUCAACAUGGCUGCGCCUGCGGCACGCUGAGGCUCUCCUCGUUCUGAAAGCGACUAAAAAUAGUUUAUUGCAUAUAUAAUAAGGGUUUGUUUGUUUCACAAGAGAAGGGACUAAAGACUACAUUUUAGUCCCAUAUUUAGUAUCUUUUAACAAAACGCCAGGGACUAAAUCAGGGAGUAGGGACUAAAAUACAGAAGUCCCUCGGGGUCUACAUCCUCAUCUAGUCCAUACCAACACUCACUAAGUUUAAAGGAGUUUUUAUGGCAUAUCUAUCUACUA